AUGGCCGCGCAGUCAGUGCCGAAAGUCGUGCUUAAGAGCACCAGCAAGAUGUCUCUUAACGAGCGCUUUACUAAUAUGCUGAAGAACAAACAGCCGAUCCCGGUGAAUAUUCGAGCUACUAUGCAGCAGCAGCAAUUAGCCAGUGCCCGAAACCGGAGGCUGGCCCAGCAGAUGGAAAACAGGCCUUCCGUCCAGGCUGCCUUGAAACUCAAGCAGAAGAGCUUGAAGCAACGUCUGGGGAAAAGUAACAUCCAGGCACGCUUAGGCCGGCCGGCGGGACCCCUGACUCGUGGAGGGUUAGGAGGACGGGGGCUGCCGAUGGGGUACAGAGGCUUGCCCCGGGGCGCCAUGCGUGGGGGCCGUGGCGCACGGGGAUUUCUGCGCGGAGGGAUCUCCCUGCGAGGACAGAGCUUGCUCCGGGGGGGACGGGGGAUGGCCCCCCGGAUGGGGCUGAGGAGAGGAGGCAUGAGGGGCCGAGCGGGGCCUGGCAGGGGCGGCCUCGGCCGAGGAGCCAUGGGACGGGGCGGCCUUGGCGGCAGAGGACGCGGCAUGGCCGGCCGGGCCAGGGGCGGCUUCGGGGGCCGCGGGAGAGGCCGGGGCCGGGGUAGAGGUGCCCCUCGCCCAGCGCUGACCAAGGAGCAGUUGGACAACCAGCUGGACGCUUACAUGUCGAAGACGAAAGGACACCUGGACGCCGAGCUGGACGCUUACAUGGCUCAGACAGACCCGGAAACCAAUGACUGA